AUGGUGUGGGAAGAUCUAACAGUUGAAUGCUUUGGAACACACAAGAAGAAGCUGCUUACUGGAAUCACUGGUUUUGCUGAACCUGGUCGUAUUAUGGCCGUCAUGGGUCCUUCUGGCUGUGGCAAAACCACUCUUCUCAACUCUUUCACUGGAAGACUUCCAACAAAUGUUGCAGUAAGCGGGAACAUUCUACUCAAUGGGAAGAAGAGAAGCUUAUAUUCCAAAGAUGUGUCUUACGUGGCUCAAGAGGAACUUUUCUUAGGAACUUUGACUGUGAAAGAGACCCUCGCAUUCUCUGCAAACAUGAGGCUCCCUUCUAAGAUGACCAAAGAAGAGAUAAAUAAAGUUGUUGAAGAGACAAUAAUGCAAAUGGGUUUAGAAGAUUGUGCAGAUAAUAAGAUUGGGAAUUGGCAUUCCCGGGGUAUAAGUAAUGGUGAAAAGAAGAGACUUAGCAUUGGCCUUGAAAUUCUAACACAGCCCCAUGUCUUGCUUCUUGAUGAACCUACUAGUGGACUUGAUAGUGCCUCAGCUUUUUAUGUGAUCCAAGCUCUAUGCAGCAUUGCUCAUAAUGGAAAACUUGUUAUUUGUUCCGUUCACCAACCAAGUAGUGAAACUUUUAAUCUCUUUGAUGAUUUGCUUUUGCUCUCAAGUGGGGAAACUGUUUAUUUUGGAGAAGCAAAGAUGGCUCUAAAUUUUUUUGCUGAUGCAGGGUUCCCCUGUCCAACUAGAAGAAAUCCUUCCGAUCAUUUCCUUUUGUGUAUGAAUUUGGACUUUGAUUUUAUUACUGCAACAUUAGCGAAGACACAAAUAUGUUUGUCUACAUCCAAUUCGACAAUGGAAAUGAGAACAUCAGAGAUUAGAAGGACACUCAUUGGGAGUUACAAAAGUUCAAUGCCCAUGAUUACAAGAAGAAUUCAACAACUGAAACCCAAUGAAGAGCAACAAAUUGAAUCCAAUGUAAGGAGCAAUAGCAGCUGGUGGAGGCAACUGUGUACAUUGACCAAACGAUCCUUCCUAAACAUGACUAGGGAUAUUGGUUACUACUGGCUGAGGAUAAUAUUCUACAUAUCUGUAGCAAUCAGCAUUGGCACCCUCUUUUUUCAUGUUGGCACAGAUAACUCCUCAAUAUUGGCUAGAGGAAAGUGUGUCUCAUUCAUAUAUGGGUUCAUGAUUUGUUUGUCAUGUGGUGGAUUACCAUUUUUCAUUGAAGAAUUGAAGGUGUUCUAUGGUGAAAGGUCCAAAGGGCAUUAUGGAGAGGCUACAUUUGUACUAUCAAACAUCAUAUCAUCAUUCCCUUUCCUUGUUCUAAUAUCGCUCUCCUCUGGAAUAAUCAUUUACUUCAUGGUUCAAUUUCAUCCGGGUUUAACUAAUUGUGCAUUUUUCUGCAUCAACUUAUUUUGCUGCCUAUCUGUUGUUGAGAGCUGCAUCAUGGUUGUAGCAUCAGUGGUCCCAAAUGUGCUAAUGGGCAUAGGAACAGGAACUGGUGUAAUAAUCUUCAUGAUGAUGGCCUCCCAAAUCUUUAGACCCCUACCUGAUAUUCCAAAGUUCUUUUGGCGUUAUCCCAUGUCCUAUCUCAGUUUUGCUACUUGGGCAGUGCAGGGACAAUACAAGAAUGACAUGCUUGGGGUUGAAUUUGAUCCUUUGCUACCUGGGGACCCAAAAGUUUCCGGAGCACAAGUCUUAACAUUUGUAUUUGGGGUUCCAUUGGAUCAUGACAAAUGGUGGGAUUUAACAGCAUUGUUGACCUUAUUGUUAGUCCACAGAUUGGCUCUUUACUUAGUGCUUCGGUUUGUGAAAAGACUUAAAUCACCUGUGUCAUGGUUUUAUGCCAAGGAAAGUCUACACUUUGCAGAAAGAUGUUUACUCAAUAAGAAGCCUUCUAUCUCUUCCAAGAAACGAGAGGCUCUACAUCCUUUAUCGUCUCAAGAGGGUCUUAUGUCCCCAAACCUUGCCAUAUAA